CCAAUGAUGUCUUCGAGAGGGCUAGGAAUAUGUCUUUUGAACGUUUCAGAAGCAAGAAACCGCCUCAUCAUUGAGAAUAUUGCUUUAGCAGCUACAAGAUCUACUGGUUCAUCUGGAAUCCUGUCAUCAGUUCUGAAUAUCUUCCAAGACAUUGAUUACAAUCGAUCAGUGUUGACCAUAGCAGCCCCAAUCAACAACCUGAAGGCCGCUGUGUGUGGGGCAUGUGCAGAAGCUUACAGGCAGAUAGACUUGUCAAAACAAGAAGGAGUUCACCCAAGACUUGGUGCUGUGGAUCUUAUUCCUAUUUAUCCGUUGAUGUCAUCUGUCUCACUCAAAGAAUGUGGAGAGGUUGCAUAUUCUAUUGCAGAGGACCUAAGUACUGAAAUACCGGGCUCCUCCUUCUUCCUUUUUGGCUCAGCUGAUUGGCCAGAGCAGAGAGGUCUGGUGCCACGAAGGAAAGAUGUUGGUUGGUUCAAAGGAAAACAUGGCAUUGAUUGGUCAAAGUUCAACCAUGAUCUUGGAGCUCCACCUUCUAGCAGAUAUGGACUUACAGGUUGUGGAGCAUCACACUACGUUACCAACUGCAAUGUCACAAUAGAUACCCAAGACCUUGAGCUUGGGAGGGAAAUAGCGCAUGCCAUCCGAGCCACUACUCCCAGGGGGUUGCCAGGUAUUCAGGCUAUGGCCUUUCCCCAUGAGGGAACCAUUGAAAUUGCAUGCAACGUUGACAGUCUUCCAAGAGAAAAACAGAGUACCAGGGAAAACGAUGGUGACGACACAGAUCAAAAUUGCCCCAUCACCUUGGACUACUCAUCGCCAGAAACCAUCGAGCAGCGAGUGAAGGCUUUGGCAGGAGAGAAAGGGAUUGGAAUGGUUGGAACGGCCUUGAUCGGAUUCAGGCCGGAAGAAGCUUGUCGGCUUGCCAUGGAUGCCCUCCAGUCGGGGAACGAUCAACUCUGGAAGUCUCGGGGUGUCCUACUCAUGUGAGUUUCUGCACCUGUCUUCAGCUCUUGCGGUACUAGCUAACUUGAUCUGUGUAAUGAUUUUGCAAUUAAUAUGCAGCUGAAUUUGUGGAUAUCAUACAAUUUAUUCUAAUUGUAAGGUAUGUUUUCAUCAUCAAGCCAGGACAAUCAUCCCAAAUUUUUUGGAACUGAUUCCUUGAUGCGGAUUAGGCCAUUUCCUGCUUCUUUGAGAACAUAGACUGAGAGGUCUGACUUCAAAGAUGAUUUCAGUUGUACCAUGUUACAAAACCCUGGACAUCCACAUUCUAUUUCCAUAAUUAUUGCUUAUGUAAGUAGAAAAAUCAAAUUAUGAGUACAUGCAAAGGGUGCUGAAUUCAUGCUUGAAUAAAGUAUGAUAAUACAAGAAAUUUGCAUUUUUGUCUCGCCUGCAUAGCAGAGCGUGACUAUAGGCGCCGCUUUUCCGAUGGCGGCGACGUCAACAUUGAAAUCUUAACCAAGGUUAAGUUUUUGAAAUGUCAUCAUAACUUAGUAUAUGGACCUAGUUCAUGAAACUUGGACUUAAGGGUAAUCAAGUAUUACUGGACAUCCUGCCUUAGUUUCAGGUCACAUGACCAAGGUCAAAGGUCAUUUAGGGUCAAUGAACUAAGACCAUGUUGGGGGAAUCAAUGUCGAAAUCUUAACCAAGGUUAAGUUUUUGAAAUGUUGUCAUAACUUCAAAAGUAUAUGGACCUAGUUCAUAAAACUUAGACAUAAGGGUAAUAGUGUAUCACUGAAUAUCCUGCAUGAGUGUCACGUCACAUAAUGAAGGUCAAAGGUCACUUAGGGUCAACAAACUUUGGCCAUGUUGGGGCUAUUUGAGGAAUUGUCAUCAUUGGGGGUAUUUGAGGAAUUGUCAUCAUUGGGGGUAUUUGAGGAAUUGUCAUCAUAAAUUUGAAAAUUUUUGGAUCUAGUUCAUGAAACCUGGACAUAAGAGCAGCAAUGUAUCCCUGAAUACCCUUCAGGAACAUGGCCAAUAUCAAAAGUCAUUUUAAGGUCAAUGAACUCUGGCCAUGUUGGGAGUUUGUGUUGCAUUGGCAUCAUAUCUUAGGAAGUUUAUGGUAAUUGCUCAUGAAACAUUGACAUAAGGGUAAUCAAGUAUGAAUGAUUGUUUUGCACAUUUCUUAGGUCACAUGAUCAUGGUCAAAGGUCAUUUAGGGUCAAAGACAUAAUAUUUUAUUAUCAUAUUAGUGUUUUCUUCUGUGAAUAAUUAUUCAUUAGCUGUUUUUCAAAGGAAUCACUGCUGCUAUAUCGAAUUGUGUACUGCAGGCGAGACUGCCAGAGGCGUUCCACUUGUUUUAUACUAUGGCACAAUUGAAACCAUCUUUCUGACUUUGGGCCCGUGGCUCAGCAUGCCAUUUAUUAAUAAGACAGUAUCAUCCAGAAAAGAUAAAAGGGCGAGAUCAAGAGGAAAGAUGCAAUACAUGUGCAUCCAGCUGCAGAGUUAUGUAAGAUUUAAUUAGUGCAUGUCAAAAAAAACAAAUCUUAAAAACAUGAUUUCAUGUUAUUAGUUUUUACUUCAAAUGAUGACUAAAUUUCAUGGUAAUUAUGAUUGAAAAAUCGAUAUAUUAAUCAUUAUAUUUGUAUAGGAUGACAACACUACUCCUUUAUUUCCUUAUUUUCAAACUUUAUUAGGUUAUAAAUCACCGAGUGUCACAAUGACAUAUUUGAAACCUUUUUUGAAAGACAAGGGUGAAAACUACAUUAUGUAAAGUAAAUGUAUUUUUAUGAAAUAUGCCCCUGUUUCAUAAAGGACUUGCAACUGUUGUAACUUUGCCAUUAUGGCAACUACCAUGGAAACUGUUAUUAUGAUUGGCUGUUGAGCCCUGUUACCAUGGUAGUUGCCAUUGUGGCAAAGUUACAACAGUUGCAAGUCCUUUAUGAAACAGGCCCCUGAUAUAUGUGUGUGUGAAUAAUCAAACAGUGAUAUAUUCUUUAAAAAAAAAUCAAGGCCUAUCCUAGCGGUAGGUUGAAUUGCUCAAUAAAUUAUAUUUUUGUACUUUUCAAUGA